CAAUCUUUUCUUCAUUCACUGAUUCCAAGUUUCCAACACAAACUAAGCAACGUCGCUGCAGACGAAAUGGACUAAGCUUCACCAAACACCUCUCCUUUCUCACUCUUUUUUUCCUCCAUGUGGAAAGGCAAAGUCAAUGGCCCACACUGUUCAGUAUUAUCCUGUUCUCUCUCCUUUGACGACAUCGUGCGCUGUCGUUCUCAAACUUUGCUGACUUGUUUAUUGAGCAUCACCUUCUUAUAACAGUUCUUUUUCGUGGGAAGAGUAGAACAUUUGAAUGCAGAGCGCGAAGUUUAGCGAAUCCAUGGUUUCUGCUUUUGUCUUGUUCCUUCAAUGGAUUCUGUGCUUCGUUUCCGUCGUCGGAAGGGGAGCCCAAGCUCAAGGCCAGAGCACCACAGACCCAGUUGAAGUGAGCGCUUUCAGAAGCAUAUCAAAGCAUUGGAACCUCUCGUCAUCUGCUUCGUGGAAUCUAACUGAACCCUGCAGCGGCACUGCCAUUGAUGCUUCCACAAUCGAUGAUACGCGCUAUGACCCCGCGAUCAAGUGUUCCUGCAGCAAUGGAACUUGCCAUAUCACCAAACUGAAAGUUUAUGCUCUGAGUGUCAGGGGAACUAUACCAGAAGCUCUUGCAAAUCUUACUUUACUUGAUAAUUUAAAUCUGGGUCAAAAUUAUCUGACAGGACCAUUGCCUGCAUUCAUUGGCAAUUUAACCUCCUUGGAAUACUUGACGUUUGGUAUUAAUGCUCUCUCUGGGACUGUUCCGAAGGAACUUGGAAAACUCAUAAGACUUCAAUCACUGAGUUUUGGAUCAAAUAAUUUCUCUGGCCCUCUUCCUCCCGAGCUUGGAAACUUGGCGAACUUGGUACAACUGUAUAUUGAUAGCGCUGUUCUCAGUGGCCCAAUUCCUUCAACAUUCGUAAAUCUAAAGAAAUUGAAAACAGUGUGGGCUUCAGACAACCUAUUUACUGGAAAGAUACCUGACCUCAUAUGCAAUUGGACGGAACUUACUGACCUGAGGCUUGAAGGGAGCUUUUCACAGGGUCCAAUACCAUCAGGGUUCUCUAAUUUAACAUUUAUGGCAAAACUGCGUAUAAGUGAUCUGUCAAAUGGGAGCUCUUCCUUAUCAUUUAUUAGAAAUAUGAAAUCUCUAAGCACUUUAGUAUUGAGAAAUGUCAAGCUGUCUGGCAGUAUUCCAACUGAUAUUUGGAGUUAUCAAGAAUUGAAGCAUUUGGACCUCAGUUUCAAUAACCUAAACGGUCAAAUUCCAAGCUCCCUCCUCAAUAUGAAUUCACUUUCCAACUUGUACCUUGGAAGCAACCUUUUAUCUGGUUUAAUACCAUCCACAAAAAGUUCAAAUCUUCUCAAUGUAGACUUGUCAUACAACAAUUUAUCUGGAAGCCUUCCUUCUUGGUUGGGUGAAAACAAUUUGAAAAUUAAUUUGGUUGGAAACUCCUUGGUCAUUGAUAGUUCUAACAACAGUGGUUUGCCUGCUGGAUUGAUGUGUCUUCAACGGGACUUCUCAUGCAACAAAAAUCCUCCUAUUUAUUCUUCAUUUGCAAUUAAAUGUGGUGGUCCGCAAAUUACAUCUUCAACUGGCAUAGUAUUUGAUGGAGACAAUGAGGAUCUUGGUGCUUCAUCAUAUUAUAUGAUCAACACGGAGAGAUGGGCAGUGAGUAACAAUGGGAUGUUUCUUGAUAAUAAUAAUGCUCAGUUUACGCAGAACAGCUCAUCACAAUUUACCAACACAUCAGAUUCGAACUUAUUCCAAACUGCAAGGCUAUCUCCAGUUUCAUUGCGAUAUUAUGGACUUGGCCUCCAAAACGGAAACUACACAGUGAAUCUUCUAUUUGCUGAAUCAGCUUUUCCAGAUUCACCUAUUUGGCAAAGUGUUGGAAGGCGUAUUUUUGAUAUUUAUGUUCAAGGAAACUUGGUGCUUAAAGAUUUUGACAUAAGAAGGCAGGCAGGUGGAGUUUCAUUUAGAGCUGUUUCAUUGAACUUUACAGCCAAUGUAUCUCAUAACUUCCUUGAAAUUCACCUUUACUGGGCUGGAAAGGGAACGUGCUGCAUCCCUGCUCAAGGAACUUAUGGGCCAUCUAUUUCAGCAAUUAGUGUUACUCCAGAUUUUGUGCCAACUGUUUGCAAUCGCCCACCAGGCAUGUGCUCCAGAAAGAAAAAGGCAAUGAGUUCUGUCAUCGGAAUUUCUGUUGCCGCUGCAGUGGUUAUAAUUAUUUUCCUUGUGGUAAUUUUUGUUUUGCGACAGAGAAAAAGGAGGCUCCUCCUACAAAAUGCAAAUGCAGAGCUCUCAGGAACAGGUGUGAAACCAAAUAUAUUUAGCUAUGCUGAACUACAGGCUGCAACAAACGAUUUCAAUGCUGCAAACAAGUUAGGAGAGGGGGGAUUUGGACCAGUAUAUCAGGGCACACUUUCAGAUGGGAGGGUUGUGGCUGUGAAGCAACUUUCAGCAGCAUCACUUCAAGGAAAGAGUCAGUUCCUCACUGAAAUCGCGACCAUUUCUGCAGUGAAACACAGAAACCUUGUGAAGUUGCAUGGAUGUUGCCUCGAGGGGGAUAAAUAUCUCCUAGUCUAUGAGUAUCUUGAAAACAAAAGCCUUGAUCAAGUUCUCUUUGGAAACAAGGGACUGAAUUUGAAUUGGCCUGCUCGCUUUCGCAUCUGCUUGGGAACCGCUCGAGCACUUGCUUAUCUUCAUGAAGCGUCUGGGGUAAAAAUUGUACAUAGGGAUGUCAAAGCAAGCAAUAUUCUACUUGACGCUGAGCUUAAUCCAAAAAUUUCUGAUUUUGGUAUGGCCAAGCUUUACGAUGAUACCAAAUCACACCUUAGCACAAGAGUUGCGGGAACAGUUGGAUAUCUUGCACCAGAAUAUGCAAUGCGUGGGCAUUUAACUGAAAAGGCUGAUGUGUACGGAUUUGGGGUUCUCGCUCUUGAGAUUAUUAGUGGAAGGCCUAAUGCAGACACUAGCUUAGACCAAAAGGAGAUAUAUCUUCUGGAAUGGGCCUGGCAUUUGCAUGAGAACAAUAGCCACUUGAAAUUGGUGGAUCCAACUCUGACUGUAUACGAUGAAGAAGAAGCUCUCCGAGUGAUUAGGGUUGCACUUUUGUGCACACAAGCAUCGCCAUCACUACGUCCACGCAUGUCUCGUGCCGUUGCCAUGUUGUCAGGUGACAUAGAAGUGAGCGCUGCAACAUCAAGGCCUGCAUAUCUUACUGAUUGGCACUUCAAGGAUAUAAGCAGCACAUUUGAUACCGAUGCAUCCACAUCCAAGAUGACUGCAACCACAGGUUCUGAUAACUACCAAACUACACCAGUAACCACAAGUACGAUAACCGAGGGAAGUCACUCGCCCUACAGUGAUACACAUCCAAUAUUUCAACAUUCACGAAGCAUUGGAGACGAUGAUGUCCAUGAAAUAAGGUUUUAAAUUUUUAAUCUAUAUAUAUCAUAGUAGUUAGAUAUGGACAGUUUUUAGUUUCUUUCAUCAUCUGUGCUCUUUUUAUUAUUGUGUUUUUGUACCAUAUAAAAAUGAACGAGUGCUGGUUUAGCCUUUUUUAAUGAAAUGGAGACUGGAAGAUGUAUCAGAACUGCUUACAUAAGAGGCAUUUUUAUCA